AUGUCAAUAGGAAGUACUCUAAGGAAAGUCUUUUAUUCUUUAAUAAGAAUAUUUGCAAAAUUAAUUUUUACAAUAUUCUAUCGAGACCAUGGAGCAUUUCAUCGAGAAAAUUUCCCAGAAGAUGAUGGUACACCAAUAUUAUUUAUAGCAGCACCACAUGGAAAUUUUUUAAUGGACGCAAUAACGAUUUUUGUGGCCUGUCCUCGGAGCAUGUAUUUUUUAAGCGCAAAAGCGAAUUUUAAUUAUCCUAUAUUUGGAACAAUCAUAACAAUACUUGGAUGUAUACCGGUAACGAGACCACAGGAUGUGGAAAGAGUCAAUGGAGAUGGAUUAGUUAAAGUUAUAGAAGAAGGGAAAGUAGUCGAAGGAGAAGGACUUGGGAAAGUAUUACAAGUGGGUGAUAAUCUCUACGUUGAAUUCGAAGGCCCUGAUAAUAAUGAAAUGUUGAACGAGGCGUGUGGUACGGUGGAAGAAAUCAUCAAUGAAAAUCAAAUACGUAUAAAAGAUCCUGGAAUGAAAUGGUUGACAAAAGGAAGAAAAAAAGGGAAAUUUAGACGAUUGGUUGAAUAUGGUAGUGUGGUCAUUAGAGUUGAGAGGGGCACUACAUUAAAGACAUUAGAAGGAUUAAAUUUUAUACCAAAAUCAGUUUCGCAAAGUGUAAGCAGAAGUUGGGAUAGGUUUUCUUCAUCACCCGGUAAGCUACCAUUCCUAAUCAAAGAUGAUCAACCUGAUGAAAUUGUCGUAUAUCCUCAAAAUCCGGAAGCAACAGAAAGAACUCCUUUGCUUGUUGCUAAUGCAACAACGACGACGACGACGCAUAAAAAAUCAACCCCAAUUUAUAAACCAAGCUUCCCUUGUGUACCAAGUAUACCAACAACAUAUUCUUAUACUCAUAUGCCACCACAUUCUGAAGUAUAUUCCGCAGUUUAUAAUCAUUUUUCGAAAUCACAAUGUGUUGCAAUAUUUCCCGAAGGAACUUCACAUGAUAAUGAACAUAUGUUGUCGUUAAAAUAUGGUUGUGCUGUAAUGAGUUUAGGUUAUCUGGCUUCAAGAGAACCGGAUUCUUUUGGGAACGAAAAGAAAUUAAAAAUUGUCCCUUGUGGUUUGAAUUUUUUUAAUCGUCAUCGAUUUAGAAGUCGUGUGUUCGUUGAUGUUGGCCCUCCAAUAGAAAUUGAAUCAAGAUUAGUUGAAUUAUAUAGAUCUGGCUCUGAGGGAAAGCGUCAAGCUUGUCAAGAACUUUUGAAAACCAUUCAAACUUCUUUGUCUGAAUUAACUGUUAAUGCGCCAGAUUAUUUUACUCUUUUAUUUUUUAAAACUGCUUCACGGUUAUACCGAGAAAGUUUACCAAAUGAAUUAAGUUUUCCUAAAAAGUUGGCAUUGUUAAGAAAAAUAGCUAAAAAAUAUACAGCGAAUACACCACCAACAGACGAAGCACGCAAAUUAAAAUAUGAUGUGGUUGCAUAUAUACAAAAACUUCGUAAUCAUCGAUUAUCACCACCACACAUGUCCACAACUCCAAUAUCUUUAUUUUUCUAUCUACCAUUAUUUAUAAUUCUCGUUGUAUUAACGAUUCCAGGAUUUGUUUUAUUUUUCCCAAUUGGAAUUAUAGCAAAAUAUGUUGGUAAAAAACAAGGAGAAAAUGCCAUGUUAUACGAUGAUAAUUCAUUAGCGAUAACAAGAUGGCCAGGUAGAGAUGUUAUAGCAACAUGGAAAAUGAUGUCGGGAUUGGUAUUAUUUAUUACUUUUGAUGUAAUAUAUACUGCGAUUAUGGUGCAUUUUAUCAAAAUUUAUGACCUUUAUGAAUGCCAAUCCCGUAAAGAUGUCUUCUUAUUAGGCUUGUGUAUAUAUACAUUUUUCUGGACUGCGAUUGCUUAUGCCACUAUCUUAUCUUGGGAAAGAAUGUGUUGGGUUGGCAAAAGAGUUUGGGUCGGUAUUUGGAGUUUAUUUAACCCAAGAGAACGUCAAUCCUUAACUUCUUGGAAGAAAGAAUUAACUCUUAGAGUUUGUAGAUGGGUAGAAAAUGAUGACUAA